UGUCUGAGGAGCCGGCGGGCUGCGGCGGGCGGUCUCUCCUUCCUGCGCCUCUUUGGUGCUGGGAGGCGGGCCGCGGGGUCGCCGUCCGCGCCGCCGGCUCGCUGGGCCCAGCGGACUCACGUGACCGACGCGGGCUCUGGAGCGGCCUGCCGCACUGAGGAAGCGGCGGCGGCCGAGGCGGUGACCGCAGCCGGGAGGUAGCUGCCUGGCAAGGGACGGGCCGCUGCCCUCUCGGACAGCCGCGGCGGGAGAGAAAGAUGGCGGAGGCCUCGGCGGCCGGGGCGGGCGCAGGCGCCGCUGUCGCCGCGCACCGGUUUUUCUGCCACUUUUGCAAGGGCGAGGUCAGCCCCAAACUACCGGAAUAUAUUUGUCCCAGAUGUGAAUCAGGCUUUAUUGAAGAAGUGACAGAUGAUUCCAGUUUUUUAGGUGGUGGUGGCAGCCGGAUAGACAAUAGCACAUCAACACAUUUUGCAGAGCUCUGGGAGCAUUUGGACCACACAAUGUUUUUCCCAGAUUUUAGACCAUUUCUAAGUAGCAAUCCACUGGACCAAGAUAAUAGAGCCAAUGAGAGGGGUCACCAAACUCACACUGACUUCUGGGGACCAAGUCGGCCUCCACGGCUGCCAAUGACUCGAAGAUACAGAUCGAGAGGAAGUACUCGUCCUGAUAGAUCCCCAGCUAUUGAAGGAAUAAUACAACAGAUCUUUACAGGAUUCUUUGCAAAUUCUGCAAUUCCUGGAUCCUCACAUCCUUUUUCCUGGAGCGGGAUGCUGCACUCCAACCCUGGGGACUAUGCCUGGGGUCAGACAGGGCUUGAUGCCAUUGUAACCCAGCUUUUAGGACAACUGGAAAACACAGGGCCUCCCCCAGCUGACAAGGAAAAGAUCACAUCUCUUCCAACAGUGACAGUAACUCAGGAACAAGUUGAUAUGGGUUUAGAGUGUCCAGUGUGCAAAGAAGAUUACACAGUUGAAGAGGAAGUCCGGCAGUUACCCUGCAACCACUUCUUCCACAGCAGUUGUAUUGUACCGUGGUUAGAACUGCAUGACACGUGUCCUGUAUGUAGGAAGAGCUUAAAUGGUGAGGACUCUACUCGGCAAACCCAGAGCUCUGAGGCCUCUGCAAGCAACAGAUAUAGCAGUGACAGCCAGCUACAUGACCGAUGGACUUUCUGAAGCUAAAGCCUGCAUCUGAGCCAGGGCUGUGGUAGUCUUCUUAUCACAGCUGUCAAUUGUAUCAAAACAAAAAAAUAGUAGGUGGAUUUAGGAAUCGCAUAAGAAUCCCCAACCCAUAAUAUUAAUGCAGUGAGUGUUUUUCUUCUCUAAAUUUAAAGUUAGUAUCUGCAGAUGGAAUUGUAUCUACAACCAAAUGCCUCUUAUUCCUGAAUUCAGAGUGAUACUUUUAUAAGUGUGAAACUUGAUAAUGUGGGUUUCCCCUGCCAGAAUAGAAUCACUUUACCUUAAAGUCUAGCUAGGGUCCCACUAUCUGUCAUGUUCUCUUGUAGUGGAUGUUUCCACCUCCUUCUCUAACCUCCACUCUACCAUUAGUGUAUUUUAUAGUACAUGCAGUGGAACCACAGCCGUGAAGUCCUGCUGAUAUAAAGUCUUUCUGUUUUAAUUGUACAAAAGCAUCUACUCUUGGCCAUAUUUGCCACAAAGCAAGAUCAGAUUAAUUCAGGAAUCUGAGACUAAUGAUUUUGUUUUGUUUUGAAUCCUCAGAAAAUCAAAGAAAAAUAGCAGUGGGGAGGAGAAAGUGGCUGAUCAUUGUAUUCUUUGAUUUUCUCAUUUUAAUUUUUAAAGACUACUUCACAAGGUGCAGUGUCUGCAGAAGCCAACAUGACAUAUCUUAGGAAUCUUACGUUGGUGGGAAUCUGAUUCUGGUUCCCUUUUGGAAAUGAGUCGGGCAGCAUACAGGCACAGAAGGACAGGUAUUUGAAAUCUUUGUUUCUGAGGUUUCUUUAAUGACCUCCAACUCAUUGUUUACUGCCUUUUGUCGUGGGGACCUUAAAAUAAUUUCCCUCAAAUAGAAUUACUUCGUUACUGCUUCUACAGCCAGUUCACUGUUUUUAGUAAUUCAUUGGUCUUCAAGAAUUGAGAUUUCACAUUGUCUCAUUUUAAUUUUUUAAGCCCUUUUAUCAUCUCUGAAUCUUUCUGUUCUGCUUGGUUCUGGUUGUACUUGGAAUCAAACUGAUUAUCGUGAUCAUGCCUGAAACAGCUUGGCCUUGGAGAGGUGGGCCUUCUGUCUUCAGCCUAACAGUGUCUCAUUGCACAUGCACAUGCUCUUUGAAGCAUUUAAGUGUUUAAAGUUGAAUAAAUGAAGAAGAUCGAGAAAGUUGUUGGAACUUCAGCGUCUCAAAAGGAAAUGAUGGGGGCAUGUAACCACUGUUAGCACACCACAGAAGGUGACAGGGGGCUCCAUUUGUCUGGUCACAUCAGCCCUUCAUAGUCUGGAAUGAUUUGAACAAGAAGGCCACUCUUUGGUGAGUGUCUUUCUUGGCUAGGAGUCUUUCCUCAGUUUUUGUUGACUAUCAUAUGUGCUGGUUUUGGGGGUGAGGGAAGGGGGUUAUAAAUAUCUUUGUGCUUUGGUAGAGGAGAAAGAAGUAGGGGAGGGAAGAGAGAAAGUGGGAUAGUGGCUUGCUGAAUUUACAGCCUGCCUCUCAAAUUGUGACCAUAAGGUAUGAUUCAUGUUGGGCCCAGAGGGAAUAAAAGAUGUUUUCUCCUCUGCCUCUCA